AUGGUCUCUGAAAACAAUGCCGCUUUCCCUCCAAAAGUCUGGGCAACUCUGGUGACGAACGAUGACUAUCUCAAGGGCGUACUGACACUCAACUACCGUCUACGAUGCGUCAAAUCAAGAUAUCCACUGCUAGUUCUCUAUACCAGUUCAUUAUCUCAAACCAGCGUCGACUCCCUCAAGCGCCGCAACAUACCGACUCGCGAAGUUCCAAAACUCGCGCCAACCACUGCAAAGGAUUACACAGAUGACCCACGGUUCAAUGAAUGCUGGACGAAACUAAUCGCCUUCUCACUCACGGACUACGCACGAAUAGUUCUUCUUGACUCAGAUAUGCUACCACUUCAGAAUAUGGAUGAACUCAUGGAUCUCCAGCUCGAUUCACCCUCACUAAGCGGAUCUGGAGAUGCGGCUCGCAGUAAAAGGGUGUUUGCUGCUUGUCAUGCGUGUACUUGCAAUCCCUUACGAAAGCCGCACUAUCCGCCAAACUGGAAACCUGAGAAUUGCGCUUUUACAUCACAGCAUGCUGCACCAGAAAUCGCUCAAACGACUGGGGCAGAUAUCUCCACAGGAUUGGGCAAACUCAACAGCGGGCUCCUCGUCAUCAAUCCAUCCAAGGCCAUUUUCGAUCAGAUUAUCGCCAAGAUGGACGAGGCAGGCUUAGACUACCAGUUUCCGGACCAGGACCUCUUGGCAGAUCUUUUCAAAGGUCGUUGGGUUGCAUUACCAUACAUUUACAACGCCUUAAAGACGAUGCGGGAACCAAGUGUGCACGGCGCCAUAUGGUGUGAUGAUAAGGUCAAGAAUGUUCAUUACAUUCUCAGUCCUAAGCCUUGGGAUGAGCUUGGGCCAGAUGGGACGUGGAAGGAGGUCAAACCUAUCCAUAAGUGGUGGAUUGACGCGUAUAAGUCAAUGCGUGCAGAGGAAAAGACACUAGGAAUCUCUUGA